UGGGAACGUGCCAAUGACCGCUUCCCUUGGGCGUCUGCAGCCGCGGAAGCUCUAGACAGAACCUUUUUGUUCAGGCUGGAAAAAUGCUGCUCUUCUGUCCGAGCUGCGGAAACGGACUGAUUGUGGAGGAAGGACAGCGUUGCCAUCGCUUCGCCUGCAACACUUGCCCCUACGUGCAUAAUAUCACACGCAAGGUAACAAACCGAAAGUAUCCAAAGCUGAAAGAAGUGGAUGAUGUACUUGGUGGAGCAGCUGCCUGGGAGAAUGUGGACUCUACUGCAGAGCCGUGUCCAAAAUGUGAACAUCCCCGUGCCUAUUUCAUGCAGCUUCAGACCCGUUCUGCAGAUGAGCCAAUGACCACCUUCUACAAGUGCUGCAAUGCUCAGUGCGGACAUCGCUGGAGAGACUAAGGGCAGGACUUACCCAGCUGCAGCCCUGAGUUUUGUGUGCUGAAGGUCUUUGCUGUGUGAUAGGAAGCUAACUCUUCUGUGGUGGAGGACCAGGGUGGAACAGGUCAUCUGCAGGUCAGCAGAUAAAGACCUUAAUGCACAGGGGCUUCAGAUCCUUGGGAAAUACACAUGAGGAUAUUCAUGUUCUGGCUUCAGGUUCUAUUCCUUCAUCCUUUGUAUUUAUAUAGUGGGUAGUUGAUGUUUCCUUACUACCAUUAGAACUAGAAACUUGGUUUAUAGCCAAGGAUAAUCUUGAACCCUAUUCUUUUUGCCUCUGUCUCAGAAGUAUUAGGAUGAUAGGCAUGUGAACUAUGUUCAUUCUACGCAGUGCUGGGAAUUGAACUCUGAGCCUCAUGCAUGUAGACAAGUACAGACAAGUAACUCAGUCAACUGAGCUAUAUCUCCAGCCAUUUAAUUUUUAAGAUAAUUUUUAUUUUUUCUCUCUAGAACAAUUAUAAAAAUAUCCAUAAAAUCAUUGAAAAACACUUUAAAAUUCAGGACUGACAUGAUACAGCUUGUAUGAUUAAUAACUAAACAAACUUCUGUUAUUUGGAUUUUCUGAAUGAUGUUGAUAGGAAUUUAAAAGUAACCAAAAAUAUUUUCUAUUUCCAGCUAGGGAGAAAGGGCCACAAUGGAGCCUAUGCCUAGCACUUACAAAAGUCUGUGUUUGAAACACAUUUAAAAACCUAUUAAAAACCUCAAUAAAUUUAGAAAAGUUA